AGCUUCAGUCGAAAACUACCGUCUGUGGCUGCGCAAGGGCAUUUCGGUCUCGGGUCGUAUCGUCGUCAUCGCAUCGCAUGUGUCUGCUGUGUUUUUGAAUCAGUGAAAUAAAAUCAAACGAUACAUAACAAAAACAGCAACUGAAAAUAAAACAAUCAACCAAAAAUAGUACUGUAAAGACUGACUAAAAGCCCUCUUGGCAUAAGUAAGGAAUACGUCGCAAUCUUACUUGUCACGAGACCAAAAUAAACAAAUUCGUGUAUUCCUCUAUAAUAUGCCGAAGGAAAUGAAGCUGACAUAAAAUAAUAACAUAAACAAAAAAUAUUAACUCACACCCGCUUUCAAUUAACCUUGAAAAGGACUCACAAACGCAUAGAAAAAAGAAUUCGAAAUUAUACGUAGUAAAAAAUCAAAAUUUUUAUUUGUUUAACUACGGCCCCAGUAUACACGAAGUUGCCUUAAACAUUUUCAAUUUCCGUCACAAUUAGUAAAUGAAACAAAAUAUAUGCAACCAUAACAUUUUAGUUAACCAAAACAAAGAGAGUACCUGUUAAUUCUGCUCCUACCAAGUUCAAAUAGGAAACCUAAAACAGUAAAAACUUACGUCUUCUAAUCCAGUUCGGGUCGCUUAAACCGUUUAGAUUGUGACCAAAACAAAAAGAAUGUGUCAUUGUGAUAUUUUACAUUCGUAAAUAAAAAUAUACAAUUGUAUUCAUAUACACACACCAUUGUAUAUAUUUUUUAAAUAAUUAAAUCAGCAAACCGGUUUAGUUGCUAUCAUAGUCUUAUAGCAAAUAGUUUGAAGAUAGCAACAACAGUGCAACAUAUCAGUAUCAAUGCACAUCCUACACAGAAGCAAUGAUCAUCAAUUCGAAGAUCAAAAAUUUAUGAUGGAACGUUUGACUAGUCACGGCAGUUUGGGAUUGUCGAGCAAUAGUCCUGCAUAUACAACUCACACUGGAAGUCAUGCUACUAGAGGCGGUCCAGCAACAGGCCACGGUGGUCAUAGUGGAACUCACAGUUCGACAGCUACAAUGCACCAUCAAUCCUUGCAGUCCGAUUUUCAGCCCCCGUAUUUUCCACCUCCUUUUCAUCACUCCACACAAAGCCCACCACAACAACAGAUACCUGCAUAUUUACAGAACCAUGGAGCUCUGGAGUACCUUGGAACUGAUCCGUACGGGCAACCGUUGCCUACCCUACACCACACACCCCUGCACCAUUACAACCAAUUAGCUGGUCUAAGGUCUACUCAAGAUCAAUUGGGCAUACACAGAUCUCACAGAGAGGCAGAACUCCAAGGACAUGUGACACAACUAUCGCAUGGAUUUCCAUAUUCAGACCGUCGUGGAGAUUACGGAGGUUCGAUAUCAACUGGUGGAGCACAUGGAGGACGACUCGCACAUGAUCAUGACCCCCUGGCUUUACACCAAGCUCUUCAAAAUGCCGUUGACGACGGCCAAAACCCAGGAAUGGAUGACAAUGUAGCCUUUAUGUCAGAUCUACCUCUAAUUAAAAGUAUGAAAAGUGGGAAGGAUGUAGGAAAUAUUAGCUCAGGUUCGCCCAGCGAGGUGUUUUGCGCCGUCCCCGGUCGUUUGAGUCUUUUGUCCAGCACUUCGAAAUAUAAGGUAACAAUUGCUGAAGUGCAAAGAAGGCUAUCUCCCCCUGAAUGUCUUAAUGCAUCCCUGCUGGGUGGUGUUUUAAGGAGAGCUAAGAGUAAGAAUGGUGGCAGGCUUCUGCGAGAAAAACUGGAGAAAAUUGGAUUGAAUCUACCUGCCGGGAGACGCAAAGCAGCAAACGUAACCCUGUUGACAUCAUUAGUGGAAGGAGAAGCGGCGCAUUUAGCGAAGGAUUUUCACUUUGUGUGUGAAACGGAAUUUCCUGCCCGACAACUUGCGGAGUACAUUGUAAGACACAACACAGAACCCCAAGAUUCGUAUAGAAGGAAGGAACUGUUACUACACUCACAACAGAUUACUAAGGAACUCAUGCAAGUUCUUAGCCAGGAUCGCACGACACAAUACGGAACACGAUCGCAGCAUCUAUUAGAGCCCUCAAUGCAACGACAUUUAACACAUUUUUCAUUAAUUACACAUGGAUUUGGUUCACCUGCCAUUAUGGCAGUUCUCCAUGCCUUCCAGACUUUCCUCAACGAAUCUCUCAAUUAUUUGGAGAAAUUGUAUCCAUCCAAUGGAGGUGGAAUGGUUUCCUCGUCUUUGGACAAAAACAAAUUGGACAACGAUAAAAAAUGAUAAAACCGGCAACAUUCCCAUCUACAUUAGCGUUUCAAAUGCUUACUUAUGCCCCAUUGCAUACACGGGGGCUAAGUCCGAACAGUACAUUGUAAUUGCAUUUCAUAGUAAUUCUCUAGGCUAAAAAUAUAUAUCUUCUUUUUGUUUUUUGUAUGUAAAUAUACAUAAGUAUGUAGGAGUAAGUCGGAUAUGUAAUUACCCAGCAUUGUUGAUAAGAACGUAUUUGUGUACACAAGUGUCCAUGUAACAUAAUAGUUUAAUUUUGAAUCAAAAAUCUCAUUUGUUUAAUACAAUAAGUAGUGAAUAUAAUAUCAGAAAGCGUAUGCUGUUUAUUUCCAGACAGUGUACAAAAUCACAAUCUACCAUAAAUAUAGAACACACACAUCCACACUAUAGGGUCUAUUGUUAAGAUAUCGAUUUAACGCCAACAGUAUAUCUCAGCAAAGAUAUAAUAAUGGUAAAAGUUUUUUCCACAUAUAAUCCAGAUUAGAAACUAUUUUAAUUUUUCAAUACAAAGUAUAAAUUUAGUAAACAUAUUCUAUUUAUAAUGCUUAAAAGACAUAGAUUAAUAAGAUUAGUUGU